CUUGGCGCAGGGGGCCUGAUCGCGCUGUAAUUCCCAGCCCAUCGUAAUCUUCAGAAACGCCACAAAGGGGCCAUCAUCCUCACCAUUCUUCCAUGAAGGGCGAAAGCUUGAAAGCCAUUGGUUUCAAGCUCUGUUUCUCGAAUCAUCCAGCCUUUUUGAUGAAAUUUCCAACACCAGAGUUUGAUUGUGCCUCUGAUCUGUUCUUCAAUCUGCAUCAUCUGGAACGUUUCUUCUCCAAACUUAAUACCUGCGUAGUGUUUCCAGAGUGUCCAUGCUAUGAUGCCUGGAACCGCCAUCCUUAAAUUACCCCUUAGGGUAGAUGAAUUAGAGUGCAAGUUCCACUCGAGGAGGUGUUGCCGCAGAGUGAAAUUGUUGCGCAGAACCGGGCCAUCUAAGAGAUAUUGAAGGCCGUCUUUAGUGAAAAUUUCUGGAGCUCCUGGAUUCCUUGUUCCAGCUGAAAGUUUUCUGAGGCCAAAGUGUGAAUUCUGCAAAUUCUCUUGCGAAGAGGAGAGUCUGUAAGUUUUUCCAUAAAAUUGGUUGUGCCAUAUUUGUUUCUCAUAAAAAUGGCCCAUUUGCUAUUACCAUUGUGAAAACUCCACCAAAUUUUCAUGGAAUAGGCUUCUUGAAGAUCUCUUAGGUUCCUCAGGCCUAGGCCCCCUUCAGCAGUAGGGUAGCAAAGGUUUUCCCAAUUUUUCCAGUGGUACUUUGCUUUUCCAUUAGAGUAUCCCCAAAAGAAGUUGCUCAUACUUCUGUGAAGAGUACUGAUAAUGGAAGUGGGCAAUGUAUGAACACUAAGGAUGUGAAGAGGGAUAGAGGAUAGCACGUGCUUAAUAAGAACUAAUCUUCCCAUAGGGUUGAGAGUUUUGCUAAACCAGCUACUGAUGUAUUUGUCAAAAUGGCUAAUCAGAUCUUUGCAAUCCUCUUUUUUAAGCUUGCCUUUGCAGAUUGGUGCCCCCAAGUAUUUAAAAGGUAGCCUGCUGUGAUUCAUUUGCAGAAUUGAUUCCCUCUUUUGAAUAUCCUGUUGGCUCAUGAAUUUUCCACAGUAGAAUCUACUCUUGUUAAAGUUGAUCAACUGACCAGAUGCGUCAAGGUUCUGUAGAAGUGACCAUUGAAUCCAUCUGGCCCGGGAGCACUAUCUGGAUUGAUACUCCAAACAGUUUCCCUCACUUCCUCCUCAGAUGGCUUGGGGAGUCAUGUUGAGGAAUCUUGAAACCUACAGGUUCCAAAUCAGUGCAAUCAAUGACCUCAUCAACACCGUCAUCAUCAGAGUGUCUGUAGUAUUCCCACUGCUUAUCUUGAGAGAGAGAAUGUUUAUCAGGGUCCAGAGCAUCAAGGAGCUUGAACAAGCUCUGAUCAGGUGAAUGAUAAUAAAGACAGUCAUCAGCAGAACCUUUGAAAGGAAUGAGUUGCAUAUUAGAUGGAUUAAUCUCAGGGUUGUGGACCUUGGUAUCAGGGACUGUCAACUCCUGAAGGGCUGUAUCACCACUGGGCCAGGACCCCACUGUGGGUGUUUGGGAAUCUUCAAAGUGGUCAAGUAGAUCCAAAAGGCUCCAACAGGUUUUUUUGUAUAUGUGAAAGACAAAUGCAUUGUCAUAGACAAUAUUGACUUGGAUAUGUAUUUUACAAAGGAUUUGUAUUCGGAUGUCAUUGCAAAAGCUAAAGAACAGUAUGUGAGUCUUCCCAGGUUCAUUAGUUUUCAGUUUCAUACACCUUUAAAGAAAUUCAGAGAGAGCCAUUAAUUUUUGAUUCGGAUUGGGUUAAGAUGAUUAAGCAUUGGAUUGAUACCCCUUCUACUUACAUCCCCUUAUACAUAGUUGAAUUACAAGACCCUAAUAUAUUACAAACUAUGGCUGAGUGUAUUGAUUUCAAUGCCCAAACUGGUAAUGGGGCUGGCAUGAGUGAACUUGAUGAAUGGGCUGACAAUUUGCUUGUAACUCCAAUUGAAAAUAGUAAUAACACUCCAAUUCUGAAGAUAGGACUUGUAAGAGGACUAAGUUAGUUGUUAGAAGAGAAUCAAUUAGGUCUUUUGAGGUGCAGCCCCAACCCUCCUUCAUUGAUCCUGAGAGUAUACCUGUCCGUACAGAACGCAGCCUCACCUCACCCCUUCCUUCAUUAACUCUUACUCAAAAAUAUUCUUCCAGAACAGAACCUGAUAAUAAUGGCAAAGAUAAUGUUCAUGAUGGUAGGGGACAUAAUAAGUUGAAGAGGAGUAAAAAGAGGAGUGUUGUGGAUGAAGGAAUCCAACAAUUUGAGAUAACUCAAUUGAGUGCCAAACUCUUGGCUAAGGAGUUGAAAGGCCUUGAAGCAUAUGAUAUUCCCACAUUGAGUGAACCCUACAUUCCUCCCCUAGAUACAUUUUUUGAAGAGAUUGUGGAUCUUAAUCAAUAUGGAUGCGAUGAGGUAGUCAGUAAUGGCUCAAAGGGGCGUGUAUUGAAGAUGAUGAUGAAGAAAAUGAUUAUGAAGAUAGUGAGGAAGAGAGUGGACACUCCUGGAUGAUCAAAUCUUUUACUGAUGGACAUUUUUGUGCAGUAAAAGAGCAUCACAAGAGGGCCGGAGCAGCUUGGGUUGCAAGCCAUAUGCUCAAGGAGUUUAGAAGUAAUAGGGAAAUGAAUGCUGACACUGUCCAAAAGCGAAUGUUGACUAAAUUUAACACAUAUAUUCGUAAUUACACUUGUUGGAGGGCCUUGAAGCUCAUGAGGAAUAUGGUUGAAGGAAGACACGAGGAUGGUUACAAGCUUUUACCUCAAUACUUGGAGGUCUGCGUGUCAUUUAAUGGGUCCUUACCAAGGUAUACUUUUAACUGCUAUGGCAUUGGAUGGGAAUAAUGGCCAAUUUCCAUUGGCAUAUGGUGUAGCAAAUCGCGAGGAUGAGACAGAGUGGUGUUUUUUCCUGAAUGGACUAGCAGAUGCCCUAGGAUGCCUUGAGGACGCAUCUAAAUACACUAUAAUAUCAGGGGGUAAAUGUUAGUGUUAUUAUGGUUUAUUGUAAAAACCUUUACAAAUGUACUUAUGCAAACUGUUUUUUAUAGGCCAUAGUUACAGGGCUACACAAUGUUCUUCCAAAGGCUUCUAGAAGGAUAUGUGUGCUGCACUUUUAUAAGAACUUUGCCUCAAAGUUUUCAGGAGCAUGGUUCCAUUCUUUCUUCUACAUUCUGGCCAACACUUUCUCAGAAUAUGUCUUCAACAGAGCCAUGGACAAAAUUAAAGAGGAGGAUGCAGAAGCAUAUGAGUGGCUUAUGAAAAAUGAGCCACAUGAACAUUGGGCCAGACAUAAAUUUAAUCCAAGCUUGAAGUGUGAAGAUAACACCAAUAACUUUGUGGAGUCCUUCAACAAGGCAAUUGUAGCACAUAGGGCCAAGCCAAUUCUGCAAAUGUUAGAGGAAAUUAGAAAACUAGUUGGGAAUAGAAACUAGUUGGGUUUUUGGUAUACUCCUGCUUGAACAGAUUUCCUGCCUUAUCCUUGGAAAUUGGAAUUGCUCAGGGGCACUAUAAAUCAUUUUUUGAAGGGCUGGGUACGCUGGGUUUUUCUCUUACUGCCUUGGGUUUUUAGUCUCUUCUCUUUGCUCAGUUUUGCUGCCUAACCCUUGGGGAUCUCUUACAAGCACAGGGCAGAAUACUUUUGGGUGUGGCUUCUAGUUAGGUCCUCUCAAUCAGCGCAAGAUGACCAAACAGAAGAAUGGUCCUGGAAAACAUUGGGAAUUCAAAGGUCCUACUGGUAAUAGCACUUGGCAUGUGGAAGUAACAGAGGUGGGACAGUUCAUUUUAGGCAUUUUUCUAUUAGCUUUUUUGAUGACAAGGGGUUGUAUUGUAUUUUUCUCAUUGUUCCGUGGUGGAUUGGCGGGUCUGUUUUGUUAUGUAAUGUUUCUUUUCUUGCUUGGGCCAUUUUGUUGGGGUAGGCCACCCUCACCUUUGUACUCCUUUUCUUUUUUAAUAAACUCUCUCAUUUAAA